AUAAAAUUCACUAAAACCCUAGUUAAUCAGCUCAAAUCACACCAAGAAUUCAAGAAAAUGUGUGGAAUUGCUCUGUUCAUCUCUGGUAUACGCAUUGAUUCUCCAUACAGACAACCCCAUCUCACCAAAUUUCUUGAAACCCCUUCGAAUCAGGUGGAUAUUGAUGUAGAGGGUAUAAAAGCAGCUCUUAGGAGAAGGGGUCCUGAUAGUUUAGGAAUCAAGAAUGUAUUUUUAUGGUUGGAUGAUCAAAGGGUUGUUUCGGAGAGCGAUGAGUUAGUGAAAAGGGGUUCGGGUUUGGGUUCUUGCGGGAAAUUGGAGUUUAUUGGUGCUACAUUGCAGUUGAGAGGGAGUAGACCGGUUAGUCAGCCCUUGGUUGAUUCGUUCGGGAAUGUUCUUGUUUAUAAUGGUGAAAUCUUUGGUGGAGUUCAGGUUAGUAUGGAUAGCAACGAUGCAGAAGUUCUUAUGGAAUCACUAGGAAAAUGCUGCUCUUGUGAAUCUCACAAUCAUGCAAAAGAGUGUUCCUCUAGUGGAGAAGGGUUGAAUUCUGUUCCAGAACUCCUUUCAGAAAUUAAGGGCCCAUGGGCAUUAAUUUAUUGGCAGGAAAGUUCAAAGACCAUUUGGUUUGGGAAGGAUGCAUUUGGAAGACGUAGCCUGCUCGUUCACUGGCCAAAUUCAGUGGAUUCUAGGCUUCUAUUAUCUUCUGUAUCUUCAGUUUCUUCCAUCUGUAAGAGUUCGGAUUCUAAUCAUAGUGAAAUCACUGAAUUAAGUUUUUGGGAAGAGCUUCCAUGUGGAGUGUACAGUCUAUCCAUUCAGGCUUUGGAUACGGAUAAACAUCUGGUCAGUCAAGUUAGAAAUCAUGACUGGACCACAGUCAUGCUACAAGAACUGAUCAAGUGGGAGAGAUCUUCUGUGGCACCUGUAACUGAGCAAAUAAAUUUCAGCGCCCUUAACAUUCAAAGCAGUCAGGAUAUGCCGUCAGCCUGUUUGGUGAACAUGCCUGUGGAAAUAGGGAACAUGCAGGCCCUAGAGUCCUCAUCAUCUGCUGUUGCUGUGCUGGAUGCGUUGAGAAAAUCAGUUAUGAGACGCACCGUCUUGAAUCAUAUAUGUCAGGCAGUACCUUGUGAUUUUGAAGUAAAGGGUAAUGCUCCAGUUGCAGUGCUUUUCUCGGGUGGAUUAGAUUCUAUGAUACUUGCAGCUAUACUUAAUGAGUGCCUAGAUACUAAAUAUGAAAUUGAUCUGCUUAAUGUAAGCUUUGAUGGCCAGUCUGCUCCUGAUAGAAUCUCCUCUAGGGACGGGUUAAAAGAACUUUGUAAGGUUGCGCCAUUGAGAAGAUGGAAGCUAGUCGAGAUUGAUGCUAAAUUGUCGAGCUUAACCUCAGAGAUAAAGCAUGUUAUGUCACUUAUAAAACCUGCUGACACCUACAUGGACCUUAAUAUCGGUAUAGCAUUGUGGUUGGCAGCUGGUGGUAAUGGUCGGGUGGAUGAGUUUAUUGGACUUGAUAAUGAUGUAGUGCAUCAUCAUGUUAAGUACAAAUCUGAGGCUAGGAUCCUUCUAGUUGGUUCUGGUGCAGAUGAACAGUGUGCUGGCUAUGGGAGACAUAAAACAAAGUAUAGACUCGGCAGCUGGCCCCGGCUACAUGAAGAAAUGAAACUAGACAUGCAGAGAAUUUGGAAGAGAAAUUUGGGCAGAGAUGAUAGAUGCAUUUCCGAUAAUGGCAAGGAGGCCAGGUUUCCUUUUCUAGACGAGAAUGUGAUAAGAACUUUGCUUGAUAUUCCGCUAUGGGAGAUAGCUGACCUUGACCAACCUAGUGGAGUUGGUGAUAAAAGAAUCCUUAGAGAGGUCGCAAAAUUGCUUGGCCUAUAUGAAGCAGCUGUUUUGCCUAAAAGAGCAAUUCAGUUUGGCUCAAGAAUUGCUAGGGAGUCAAAUAGACAGAACUUUGGAAGUAAUCGAGCAGCAAACCAAGCAUCAGCGGGAAGUGCAGUUAUUAUUACUUAACUGACAUCAUCCAGCAUUCUGGCCACAUCAAGGCAGCUGAGUGGGUGUUCACUUGGUUGCUGGAAGUUGGAACUCAUCGGUUUAUCCCCGAUAUACAUCAACCAAAAUCAACCACAAUGAAACAAGUAAAAAGAUUAUUAUAAAGCAAUAACUUCAUUCAAAUCGGAUUAGAAGAUGCAUAAUCUGUAUCUUUAUUUCGGCUUAUAAUUAUACUAAUCGAAGCACUUCAGAUGUAUCUUAUUUGAUUUAA